UUUUGGAACAACAAGUUGCUUUAAAAAUGUUUAGCAAAAAUCAAAGACCCGCUCCGUUCGGGUUCGGGUCAAAACAGCCAUUGUCGUUCCUUCUUCUUCUGAUUCAAAUAAUAAUAAGAGAGAGAGAGAUUGAGAGAGAGAAGUUAGUAAACUCGAGCAGAGAAUAACAAUAAUAGUAAUAUUAAUAGCAGAAGCUAGCACCGCCACGUCUCCGCCGUCUUAUGCUACCGGAGAAAUCAUUCUCAGUUAUCUUUCCAAACAAAUAAAAAAAUAAAAACCGUCUCUUUCUUUCAUUCUUUGUCUGUCUUCUUUUUUGGUUGAUUAUUCCUUCUGUACACAUGUUCUGCAACAGUUGAGCAGUUGCAUGCCCAUAGCUUUCUUUCUCAUUUCCCGAUCUUCGCAUUAAUCAUAGUCCUGGGAUCUCAAUUUCUCUCCUAAGCUUGAAGAAGAUCUAGUGUUAAGGCUGGAACGACGCCACCUCCUGUCGUUUUAGUUAUAGCUCGAGAUCUGCGUUUCCUCCUUGGCUUCUGAGCUUUUGGCGGUGGUGGGUUUUUCUGGAAAAAACCAAACGAAAAUCAAAGUUGGAGUUUUUUUUUUUUUUUAAUUUAAUGGGAGUUAUUAGUGGGAUUACUGGAUAAUUACAAGUAAUGAAGGAGUUGAAGAUUCGAAGAAGCGGCUUUGAAGUCGGCGAGACGAAGAUUGCGAGCUUAUUUGGCUGAAAAUCCGGAUUUGGUUGAUGUGUUCUUUCUCUUCUUCAUUUCUGUGAGGAGAAGAAGAAGAAAUCUGUUUUUUUUCUUUUCUUUUUUGCUAAAGGGUUUUUGGAUUUGUGAAAAGAUUUGGUUGGUGAAUGGGUGGGAGGUGGAGGGAAACAGUUAAAAAAGUAAAGCUUUUGGUGUCUACUCGUCAUAAUUACAUUUGGGCAUCUUGAAAUCUUGGAUCUUUGAAGAAACAAAGUUGGAAUUUUUCUGUUUGUUAGUUUGCUUUUCAAGUUCAAAAAAUAAAAAUAAAAGAAAAAUGAGAUUGUCUUCAGCUGGAUUUAAUCCUCAACCUCAUGAAGUUACAGGAGAGAAAAGGGUUCUUAAUUCUGAGCUCUGGCAUGCUUGUGCUGGUCCUCUUGUCUCUUUACCUCCUGUUGGAAGCAGAGUUGUGUAUUUCCCACAAGGUCACAGUGAACAGGUCGCUGCUUCGACCAACAAGGAAGUGGAUGCUCAUAUACCGAACUACCCAAGCUUGCAUCCGCAGCUUAUCUGUCAGCUUCACAAUGUCACAAUGCAUGCUGAUGUGGAGACUGAUGAAGUCUAUGCACAGAUGACUUUGCAACCGUUGAAUGCGCAAGAGCAAAAAGAUCCUUACCUUCCAGCUGAAUUAGGUGUCCCGAGUAGGCAGCCUACAAACUAUUUCUGUAAAACUCUUACUGCUAGUGACACGAGCACUCAUGGAGGUUUCUCUGUGCCUCGUCGAGCUGCUGAGAAAGUUUUCCCUCCCUUGGAUUACUCACAGCAGCCUCCAGCUCAAGAGUUGAUGGCGAGGGAUCUGCACGAUAACGAGUGGAAGUUCCGGCAUAUUUUCCGAGGCCAACCCAAGAGACACCUUCUUACUACAGGUUGGAGCGUAUUUGUGAGUGCUAAAAGGCUUGUCGCUGGCGACUCUGUGCUUUUCAUCUGGAACGAUAAGAAUCAGUUACUUCUUGGUAUAAGACGAGCGAACCGGCCACAAACUGUCAUGCCAUCAUCUGUUUUGUCGAGUGACAGUAUGCAUUUAGGCCUUCUUGCUGCUGCAGCUCAUGCAGCCGCCACAAACAGCAGAUUCACCAUCUUCUAUAACCCGAGGGCGAGUCCGUCGGAAUUUGUAAUACCCCUGGCUAAGUACGUGAAAGCGGUUUAUCACACUCGCGUCUCUGUUGGCAUGCGGUUUAGGAUGCUGUUUGAAACCGAAGAAUCAAGUGUUCGUCGGUACAUGGGUACAAUAACUGGCAUUUGUGAUCUCGAUCCUACUCGUUGGGCUAAUUCUCAUUGGCGGUCUGUUAAGGUUGGAUGGGACGAGUCCACUGCAGGAGAGAGGCAACCUAGAGUUUCCUUGUGGGAGAUUGAGCCUUUAACGACAUUCCCGAUGUAUCCUUCUCCUUUUCCUCUCAGGCUUAAGCGUCCAUGGCCUCCUGGUCUCCCAUCUUUCCACGGUCUUAAAGAAGACGAUAUGAGUAUGGGAAUGAGCUCGCCGCUUAUGUGGGAUCGAGGACUUCAAUCUCUGAACUUUCAAGGUAUGGGAGUAAACCCGUGGAUGCAGCCGAGGCUUGAUGCCUCGGGCUUGCUUGGUAUGCAAAACGACGUUUACCAAGCAAUGGCUGCAGCUGCUCUUCAAGACAUGAGAGGCAUUGAUCCCUCAAAAGCUGCUGCUUCACUUCUUCAGUUCCAAAACCCCUCGGGGUUCUCAAUGCAGUCUCCGUCUUUAGUGCAGCCGCAGAUGCUACAGCAACAACUCUCUCAGCAGCAACUAUCUCAGCAGCAACAGCAGCAACUCUCUCAGCAGCAGCAGGCGUAUCUCGGCGUUCCUGAAACCCACCAGCCUCAAUCUCAGGCUCAAUCUCAGUCAAACAAUCUUCUUUCUCAGCAGCAGCAGCAACAAGCAGUGGAUAAUCAUAAUCCGUCUGCGUCAGGCACUAUGUCUCAGUAUGGCUCUACUUCUCAGUCCAACACGUCGCCACUCCAGUCCAUGACUACUCUGUGUCAUCAACAAAGCUUCUCAGACACCAACGGAGGAAACAAUCCUAUCUCUCCGCUCCACACUCUUCUCAGUAACUUCUCUCAAGACGAGUCUUCUCAGCUUCUCAACCUCACUAGAACAAACUCUGCAAUGACUUCUUCCGGCUGGCCAUCAAAGCGUCCCGCGGUCGAUUCAUCUUCGUUCCAGCACUCUGGAGCCGGUAACAACAACAGCACUCAAUCGGUAAUGGAGCAAUUGGGACAGUCCCACGCAAGCAACGUUCCUCCAAACGCUGUCUCGUUGCCUCCGUUCCCCGGUGGUGGCAGAGAGUGCUCGAUCGAGCAAGAAGGAAGUGCCUCAGACCCGCAUAGCCAUCUUCUGUUCGGUGUCAACAUAGAUUCAUCUUCCCUUCUGAUGCCAAACGGAAUGUCAAACCUUAGAAGCAUAGGCAUCGAAGGAGGCGACUCUACGGCUUUACCCUUCACAUCAUCUACUUUCAACAACGAUUUCUCUGGUAAUCUUGCAAUGACAACACCCUCUAGUUGUAUAGACGAGUCGGGUUUUCUUCAAUCUUCAGAAAACCUCGGUUCCGAGAACCAACAAUCAAACCCCUUUGUGAAGGUGUACAAGUCAGGUUCUUUUGGAAGAUCAUUAGAUAUAACGAAAUUCAGCAGCUACCACGAGCUGCGAAGCGAGCUUGCUCGCAUGUUUGGCCUCGAAGGCCAGUUAGAAGACCCUGUGAGAUCAGGCUGGCAGCUUGUAUUUGUUGACCGAGAGAACGACGUUCUUCUCCUCGGCGAUGACCCUUGGCCGGAGUUUGUGAGCAGCGUGUGGUGCAUCAAGAUACUGUCACCACAAGAAGUGCAGCAAAUGGGGAAAAGAGGCCUCGAGCUUCUCAAUUCCGCUCCUUCCUCCAACAACGUCGAUAAGCUCCCGACCAACGGGAACUGCGACGACUUUGGGAACCGGUCUGACCCGAGGAAUCUCGGUAACGGUAUCGCAUCUGUAGGGGGUUCGUUUAACUACUAGGAAGUAGAAAGCAAACCCCUUUGAAGUUAAAGUUUUCAUCUUAUAAAAUUAGUAUUGAUCGAUCCUCUUAGUUUAAUUUACUAGCAAAAAUCUCUCUUUUAUUACUUAUUAUAAAAAAAAAGGGAGCUUUGUCUUGGCCUUUGUGGAAACAAAAAAAAAACUAUAUAGUAGCUCUCUUUUAUUUUUCUCUCCGUCGUAAUACUGUAAUUAUAAGAUCUUUUGGUCUUUUUUCUUAUAUGAAUAUUUUUUUACUGAAAUUUAUUUUUUGUGUGUCGUUUUCUUUACUAGCAACUUCUUCUUCAAUCAAUUUGAUAGUGAAGUGUUGUUUUGGAGGUA